AACUAGGGUUUUUCAUUUUUUUUUUUUUUGGAGUCUGUAUAACUGAUCUUCUAAUCUCAGCGUAUUACUUCCUUUCAAACCCUAGCUUCCUUCUUCUUUGAGAUUUUGCUUCAGCACUCUAAGGCCCCUUACAAGCCAAAAUGGGUAUUUCUCGUGAUUCCAUGCACAAGAGGCGUGCCACUGGUGGCAAAAAGAAGGCUUGGAGGAAGAAGAGAAAGUAUGAGCUUGGAAGGCAACCUGCAAACACAAAGCUAUCAAGCAACAAGACAGUCAGGAGGAUUAGGGUCCGAGGUGGAAAUGUGAAGUGGCGUGCCUUGAGGCUUGACACAGGAAACUACUCCUGGGGAAGUGAGGCUGUGACUCGUAAGACCAGAAUUUUGGAUGUGGUGUACAAUGCGUCUAACAAUGAGUUGGUUCGUACACAAACUCUGGUGAAGAGUGCUAUUGUUCAAGUCGAUGCUGCUCCAUUCAAGCAAUGGUAUCUCCAGCACUAUGGUGUUGACAUUGGCCGCAAGAAGAAAGCAGCAGCAGCAGCCAAGAAAGAAGGAGAGGAAGGUGAAACUGCUACUGAGGAAGUGAAGAAGAGCAACCAUGUCUUGAGGAAGCUGGAGAAACGGCAGCAGAGUCGCAAACUUGACUCCCAUAUUGAGGAGCAAUUUGGUAGUGGUCGUUUACUGGCUUGCAUCUCUUCACGGCCUGGUCAAUGUGGCCGUGCUGAUGGAUAUAUCUUGGAGGGCAAAGAGCUGGAGUUUUACAUGAAGAAGAUACAGAGAAAGAAGGGGAAGGGAGCUGCCUAAAAUUUUGUUGCUUUUAAGUAUUUCAUUAUUGAGAUCAAAAUGUCCUUUUUUUUUUUUUUGCCUUACUUUCACCAUUUGAGAACAUUUGAAAUUGUGUUAGUUUUGAGAUUUUUUUUAGUUUGAAUGUUAAUUAGUGUGUACCAUUUAACAGUACUUUUAUAUACUUGCAUGUUGUAGUUUGAAGGUAGUAUCUUGAACUUUAUAGAUGGAGCCAAUUUUGGUUGGGA